AGUGAAUGGUUUGUUCCCAGUGAUCCAGCUCUAGCAGACAUGCUGAAUGUUCUCAUGGACCAAAUGUGACCCACUGCCUGAGUCUGAAGCCUCUGCUGGAAGGAUCCAGUUGGACCUGAUUGGAUUCUGUUCUGACUCGGUUUGAUUCUCUGUCUGCAGAGUCUCAGAGCUGCUGCUGUUAGUGGACUGACUGCAGCUCAUUAGUGUCAGUCAAAGUUCCUGUUUAUGAAGGAAAUGAACACAAGCUGUAUAGAAAAUAAUAGAAAUAAAAAAUAAACCAAACAUUUGUUCUAUGUUCUUUACAAUCAGUUCACAGCGAAAACAUUUUAGUUCUCAGUGUUACAAAGUGAAUCAUUUAAAAAUUAUUAAAACGUUUAUUACUAGAUAAAGUUUGUACAACUACUUCCUUCUAUCUCUGGUUUUUUGUCAGUUUCUAAAGAACCCAAAUGUGACGACAUCAUAGUGACAGGAUACAUGGUGGGUGUUGGUGUGAAUCUGUUUUUAUCCUUUAUUUCAGCCACAAAGAGGAAAUAUGAUCAGUAUUUUCAGAUCUGCAGCAGAGAAAAUUCUCAGAUCAGCAGCUGAUAGACGGACAGGAGAUGUUGGUUCUGGUUCUGGUUCUGGUCGUUGUGCUUCAGUUUGAAGGAACCAGAGGAGAAAUUCAUCUGUAUCACAGAGAAGGAGAAAAUGUUGUUCUACCUUGUAACAGUCCUUCGUCAGGUUAUUCAUGCUCCAUUAUUAACUGGUUUUACUACAGAGAAAGAAGCUCAGCUCACACAGAGGUUGAAGAUGGUAAAGUUGUUCAGAGUUCACCUCGAGCUUCCAGGUUAAAUUUGGACAAUAGUUGCUCUCUGAUCAUCAACAACAUCACUGCUGAUGAUGCUGGAAGAUACGUCUGUAGACCUGGUUCAGAAAACACCUUUGAUGGUUUAGUCUUUCUGAAUGUUUUAACCAUUUCAGACGCUGAUUCAACAAAUGAAGAUUUCACAUUACAAUGUUCUCUGUGGAGAGACGAAGAAUUUACUUCUUGUCCAGAGAAAAGUUUCCGCUGGUUUGAUGAGACAGGAAGUGAACUGACUGGUGAAAAUGAUGAUCGCAGAUCAACACAAAGAUGUUUUUCUUCUCUAACUGUGAAGCAUCAGAGCGACACCAACAGAAGAUUCACCUGCCAGUUUGUUGAAGGAAACAAAGUGAAGGUUGAAGUUCAAUACACACAUCAUCUGAUCAGACAAGUCCAUCUCUACCACAGAGCAGGAGAUGAAGCUGUUCUGCCCUGUAACAGACCUUCAUCAUCCGACUCAUGCUCCUCUGUUGACUGGAUUUAUCAGAGAAAUAAAAUCAUGAACAGGAAACAGGAAGUUCAUAGAGGAAUGGUUCAGAGUUCACCUCGUUCUGCCAGGAUGAGUUUGGACAGAAAUUGUUCUCUGAUCAUCAACAACAUCACAGCUGAAGAUGUUGGACGUUACAGCUGUGGAUAUAAUACAGAUGUGUAUCUAAACAUGAUGAUCAUCUCUCUAACAGAUUCUGAUCCAACAAAGAAUGACUUCACAUUAGAGUGUUCUCUGUUGAGAUCCAGAUCAUCAGGUUCUUGUCCAGAUAAAAGUUUCCUCUGGUUGGAUGAGACAGGAAGUGAACUGACUGGUGAAGGUGAUGGAUAUAAAUAUAGAAGACAGACGGGUUGUGUUUCUCGUCUGACUGUGAAUCUUCAGAGCAGCAGAAGAUUCACCUGCCAGUUUGUUGAAGGAAACAAAGUGAAGAUAGAAGCUCACUAUGGAUCUGAAGCCGGUCCCGGUACCAUCAGUACCACCACCAUCAUCAUCCUCGGAUCAGUGAUCGGCGUUCUGCUGCUGCUGGUUGUUCUGGCUGCUGUUUUCAUCAAACUCAGGAAAACCAGAAAUAAAGAGGAUCACAAAACCACAGCAGAAAAUCAAGAUUCAUCCGUUGAAAAUCAUCAGUAUGAUGAGCUGCAGGCCAACCUGACCUACGCUACUGUUAGCCACUCCAAACCCUCUGAGAAGAUCAAGGUCCAACCGGAUGAGGAAACUGUGACUUAUUCUGCUGUGAGGACUAAAAAAAAGACCGAGGUGAACAUCGAUCCCAACGACCUCUACAGCUGCCUCACUGAGCCAAAAAGAGGAAACAGGAAGUCAGACGUUUAAUAAUCCGCCUUACAGGAAGUGACCUGCUGGGUUUAGGUUUCAGAGACACCAAACAUUUCAUUUAUUCAUGUUUUGGACGAUUUCUGUUGUUUUUAAAUGAUCAUAAAGGUUUCUUAGUAGAAAUGUUCUGUGACUGAGUUACAUGAUAAAGUUUACUGUAAAUACUGUAAAUAAUGUCCACAUAUUUACAGCAUGAAUAUGUAGUAAGUGAUGCAUUAAAAUCCACAAAUGUUGACUUGAUGUUAGUUUAAAUCCACCUUAAUUGUGCAAAAUACAACUUUCAAAACACAACAAACUCAGAUUUUGAUCGCUGCAUCUGAACAAACUGAAGUUUUAUUUUCUGUUCUUCUCAGUUUCAUUUUUUUUUCUGGAUUUAUCCAAAAUGUUUUUUAUUAUUAUUUAUCUCUCCUGAGUUUAUACAUCAGAUUGUUUUGACUGUUUCAUCAAAGCUUGAGUUUAAACCCUCCAUGUUUCCACAUGUUUCUCUCUGUCAGCUGCUCUGGCUCCAGUUUGAUGAUCCUGGUUCUGGAUUACAGAGAUCAGAGUGGAAAUGAGACAGAGUCUCAGCCGUCUCCCUCUGAGUCUCAGGGAUCUGGACUCCAUCAUGUAGUUUCUUUUUAUAAGCAGCUAAAAGCUCAUUUUAAAACCAGAUACUCAGUUAAUAUUGUUUUGUAUUUCUUUUAAUGUUGUGUAUUGUUUUUAAUAACUAUGUAAACCCUAUUUUAA